AAAGCCUUGCUCGAUGUGCUCGACGCGCUCCCUCUCCCACCACCCCCUGACGGAAUGAUGAUGCCCUGGGCGCUUUCUUUGACCACCACUCGAGCCUCUCGACGCUCAUCUCCCCGCGCCUGUCUCCUAGCAGAGGGACCGGAAGUGGCUCGGGGAGGGGAGGGGGGCUCGGUCCCUCCUCAGGUGAAGGCGCUGUGGAUGGAGCCGCCGUCGCGGAGCCAUUGAGCCCCCCUCCAGCGCCCCCCACCCCCCUCCCAGCGGCUGGGCCGGGGGGGCCCUCCCCACGGCGAGGCAGCUGGGUCCGGAGCCCCCCCGAGUCAGAAGAGUGUUGUAAAGAUGGAUAUAGAGGACUGCAAUGGACGUUCUUACAUAUCCGGUAGUGGAGAUUCCUCUUUGGAAAAGGAGUUCACCUCCACGAUUGUGGGCCCUACUGUGAGCACACCAAACAGCCAACAUUCCUCCCCAAGCCGCUCCCUUAGUGCAAAUUCUAUCAAGGUGGAAAUGUACAGUGAUGAAGAAUCAAGCCGGCUGCUGUCGCAUGACGACCGGCUCAUUGAAAAAGAGGACAGCGUGAUUGUGGAGGAUUCUCUCUCUGAGCCACUCGGCUACUGUGAUGGGACAGGGCAGGAGCCACAUUCCCCUGGCGGCAUCCGGCUACCCAAUGGCAAGCUGAAAUGUGAUAUCUGUGGGAUGGUGUGCAUUGGCCCGAACGUACUGAUGGUGCACAAGCGCAGCCACACCGGUGAGAGGCCGUUCCAUUGCAAUCAGUGCGGUGCGUCCUUCACCCAAAAGGGCAACCUCCUGCGCCACAUCAAGCUGCACUCGGGCGAGAAGCCCUUCAAAUGUCCCUUCUGUAACUAUGCCUGUCGGAGGAGAGACGCACUCACGGGGCACCUCCGAACACACUCAGUCUCCUCCCCCACCGUCGGAAAGCCCUACAAAUGUAAUUAUUGCGGCCGCAGCUACAAGCAGCAAAGCACGUUGGAAGAGCACAAGGAACGCUGCCACAACUACCUGCAGAGUCUUAACACUGAACCACAGUCGCUGGCUGGCCAGCAAGGUGACGAGAUGCGAGAUUUGGAGAUGGUGCCGGACUCCAUGCUUCACUCCUCAGCCGACCGGCCAACCUUCAUUGACCGACUGGCAAACAGCAUCACCAAACGAAAACGCUCCACACCUCAGAAAUUUGUGGGUAAGGAGCUUCCCCUGGAUUCCUGGAAGUGGACUAAAGGAGAGAAGCAGAUGCGGUUUGGCCUCUCCGACAUGGCAUUUGACGUCAGCUCCGGCUUCGAGAAGGACGUGGAGAUGGUGGCGGCCCACCAUCCCAUGGACACGAGCUUUGGCGGAUCCCUGUCCUUCAUGGGAGCAGAACACUUGCGCCCUCUCAGAAUCCCGCCGACCAACUGCAUCUCCGAGAUCACCCCCGUCAUCAGUUCCGUCUACACGCAGAUUCAGCCCCUCCCGGGCAGGCUGGAAAUAGCAGGAAGCCGGGAAGCUGCAGAAGGCCACGAGGACCUUCCCGACGGGACGCAGAUUGUGUACCGGGCAUCUCGGGAACCCAGCAUGGUGUCACCUAGCAACGGCUGCCAGGAUUCCACAGACACUGAGAGCAUCCACGAGGAGAGGGGCUCACAGCAGCCGCUGCUGUCCGUCAUUGGGAACUGCACCAGCAGCCGGCAGAGUCCGGCCUACGCCAAAGAGGACCCGAAAGUACAAGAGGGCAUCAUUCCCACCACUACUCGGUCAACUCCCAGCUCAGCCAAAGAAGCCCUGCGUGUGGUGAAUGAUGAAGGGGAACAGAUAAAAGCCUUCAAAUGCGAGCACUGCCGAAUCUUGUUCCUGGACCACGUCAUGUUCACUAUCCACAUGGGCUGCCACGGCUUCAGAGACCCUUUCGAAUGCAACAUCUGUGGCUAUCACAGCCAAGACCGGUACGAGUUUUCCUCCCACAUAGUGAGAGGGGAGCAUAAAGUCGGCUAGUCCUAAACUCUCUCCCCUCUUUCCCCACCUUCCCAAAUCUCCCUCCCCAUCUCUCGUGCCCCAUCCUCGUUGGGUAUGGAGCCGUUCAUUUCUUUUGUACUCCGUUGCACUGACUUUGGCUAAAAAAGAGAAAUGUUCUAAAAAAAA